GCCCCCUGACGUCACGGCGCCCGCGCCGCCGCCGUGGCCGCCGUCGCACGCGUCUUCCCCUAGUAGCCUGGGCGGUAGCCGUGGAUGUCCAUAAGGAUUUUCAGUCAUGGCCUUGGGCUUAAAGUGCUUCCGCCUGGUCCACCCUGCCUUUCACAGUUACCUUGCAGCCUUGACCAGACCUGUUUCAGAAAUGGCACUGAAGACAGUGAGUGGAAGACAGCAGGAGCACAGGCGAUACAUGGGCUCUCCAGCUGUACCGGUCCGCCAUUUUGCUACCAAGAAGGCCAAAGCUAAAGGGAAAGGACAGUCCCAAACCAGAGUAAAUAUUAACACUGCCUUGGUUGAAGAUAUAAUCAACUUGGAAGACGUGGAUGAAGAAAUGAAAUCUGUGUUGGAAGCACUCAAGGAUAACUUCAAUAAGACUCUCAAUAUAAGGACCUCACCAGGAUCCCUUGAUCAGAUUACUGUGGUGACUGCUGAUGGGAAGCUUGCUUUAAACCAAAUUAGCCAGAUCUCCAUGAAGUCACCACAGCUGAUUUUGGUGAAUAUGGCCAGCUUCCCAGAGUGUACAGCUGCAGCUAUCAAGGCUAUAAGAGAAAGUGGAAUGAAUCUGAACCCAGAAGUGGAAGGGACAUUAAUUCGGGUACCCAUUCCGAAAGUAACCAGGGAGCACAGAGAAAUGCUGGUGAAACUGGCCAAACAGAACACCAACAAAGCCAAAGACUCUUUAAGGAGGGUUCGCACCAACGCAAUGAAUAAGGUGAAGAAAUCCAAGGACAAGGCCUCAGAGGACACCGUUAGGCUCAUAGAGAAGCAGAUCAGCCAAAUGGCCGACGACACAAUUGCAGAGCUGGACAGGCAUCUGGCAGUGAAGACCAAAGAGCUCCUUGGAUGAAAGUCCGCCAAGGGCCAGCCCCGGUCCCGAGCCUAGUCCCUGGUGGCUCCUGUGGGUGGCUGUGUGCACGUGAAGGCUCUCCCCGUGCUGCCCUUCCACACGAGGCCUGGGCUUCCAGCUGGACAGUCAGACUUGUCCUGUUCCUUCUCCUAUCCCCUGCCCGUCUUACUCUGCUCCGGGCACUCUGGCAGGGGUGCCCCCCGAAGUGUCUGCUGCUGGCCCAGGGCUCCUCAGGACGUGAUGUGGCCCAGGACUGGGACCAUGGGCAGGCUUCACAGCACCUGCUGCAUCCCAGGAGCCUCCAUUCCCGUCAGGUCCUGUCCCUGUCUGCACUCUGCCAGGGCUGACACGGGCCUUCACCUGUGACCGGAUGUCCUUGCCACAGGGGCACUCUCACCCACGGUAACCUCAGCCACAGAGGGAAGGGUAGCCUUGGUCUGCUGGAUGACCCUAAGGACCUGUAUGUAAAGCGCUCAAACAGGACAUUUGCCCCUGGGUCACCUGCACACAGCCCCGCCCUCCACUUGGGCCACUCUUGCCCCCGUCACCGCUGGUCCUGUUCGUCUGGAUAUCUCGCCCUCUGGGAUGCCCUCCUUUCCCGUCAACCUUGGACCCCCAUCUUUGGCUGUUGUAGCAAGUCUACUACUUGAUCUGAGCCCUAAUGAUUUUUUUGCUAAUUAGUCUGUACCUCCUCAGAACUUGGCAUAAAUACCUGAAGCAUAGUAGGCAUUCAUGUUUGUGCUAUGAAUAAAUUGCCCAUAGUAGCCCUCAACAAAUGCUGGCUGCUUUGCCUU